GAAAAAUGCGACGAAAACAAAACGACAAGGUGGAAUGCAAAGAACGGCCGUAAAUGCGAAAAUAUCUCGAACGCUCUGCGGUAAAUAUUAUUUUGUAAAAUCAGGAAAUCACGGAAAGUGCACUGAGUUCGCCGAAAAAUAGAAUAAUGGUUCUGCUACUGGUGCACCUGAGGCGCCUCAUUUUGCUGCUGACGGUCGUUUACCUGAGCGGAGCGGUAUUCCGCCGCCUCCUCACAGAACGGCACCACGCCCACAUCCUGCAGGGCAAUGGUUACAUGAGUUUCGGACGUCUUCGUGGUGGCGGUGGAUCCAAGGAGCCGUAUCACUUCCAGUGGUGGGCCUACAUCUACACCUGUUAUGCAUACGCCGUGCUGGUGAACUACGUCAACAUGCGCCGGCUGACCAACCUUAUCGAAUUUUUCUUGAAUUAAUGUUUUCGUUUAUGACUUAGAAUAAUUUGAGCAAUCGCGAUUAAACAAAAAUCGAAUUCCCUACCCUUUUAAAGUUAUGUUAUAGCAAGCUUAUUGUAUUAAUAGAUCAUUUUUGUAAUUUAUUAUUUACUUCUUAAUAAUUGAAUGUCUUAAAUAAAAGUAUAUACAAAAUGUCUACAUUUACCAUAGAGCUUGCACAUGCGCCCUCUAUGUGUUGAGUGCUAGAUCAUUUGCGACGAAUGCGCCACCUAUGUGUAAGCU